AAGCCAGAAGUAGCUCGUGGUUUGUGGAUGACGCCGCACGGGCGUAUCGUUGAUGUACAAGAGUUCGUUUCCUGCGCUUCGAUCUCUGCCAACUGUUUUCAGUGUGUGUUGCUGUUGUUUGAUCUCAGUGUGAGUUUGGCGCCGUCCAUGUGAAGAGACGCAAGUACUGAGUGAACGAAGGAUGUUGGCAUUUCAGUGAUUGUGCGACGACGUUUUGCGAUCUCGUGCGCACGGUGCACCAAGGCUGCGUGUAGUGCGUGCCCCCGUGUGCCGGACGCCCAUGUCCAGGAGGAAGCAAUCCAACCCCAAGCCCCUAAAACGCAAAGCCGAUGAAGAACUGGAGGAACUGGCCGCAUCGUUGCAACUACCUUGUGAUGUGCUAACACUGAAAGAGGGCGCAGAGCCCUCAGCGGAUGUCACCGUGUUCGCCAAGGUCUCGCUUCGGGAUGGCACACUCUUUGGACCGUACGCCGCCUCCCUGGUGUCAAGUUUUGUCGAUGGCGCUGCCCAUAUCGCGGUGCAUGAUGCUGAAGGAAGGCUGCUUUACCUGCGGUUAAAAGAAGCAGCGGGAAGUUGGCUGAAAGCGAUUCGAUUGGUUGACAAACAAGAUGGAGCGAACGCCGCCCUCUGCCUGGAAGGUGGUGAAGUGUGGUGUAAUCUGACAAGAGAUGUCCCCGAAGACUCAGAGCUACUUGCCUUCUUCAAGUUCUCCAUCCACACCAGCACUACGCAGAAUGGUGUGACUAGCCACGAGGACAAGGAAGCGAUCGACUCGACUCGUUAUGAGGGGAUAAAACGCUGCCCUGAGGAAACGCAGCAUGGAGGCGGCGACUGCGACUUAGGAAAAGCGGGAAGUAGUGAGAAUGCCCAAGAGGAGGGAACAUUGGGGCAGUGCAAUGGGUCUGUUACGUCAGUUCGCCACGGCGCUGGAUCAUGCCAUGACAGUGACGACGCCACCCAGAGAUCAGGCACUGUAAUGUCUCCCAGUGUCAUGCAGCCAGACAGGACUGGGACACCCCUUGAUGUCAAACAAGAAGCGUCCAGUCCACCUGCCGCUCAAGGAGGUCAGUUGUCCGAAGAAUCAACAUGUGACGAUCAAGAAGGUGAAUCCACUGGAAAACUGGCUAGAGUAUUAAAGAAAUUUGAAUAUGUCAACGGCUACAGUAGUCUGGCUACCUGUACUGUCUUGCAAGCCCCAGUUGUUCAACAUGGAUGCGAGUGCACCAUGUGCGGAAUUCAAUUCAGCAGCAUGAAAACGCUGAAAGCUCACCAGACUUAUUACUGUACUAGGCGAUUGGAGAAAACAACCCUAGAAGGAGCCUCUUCGAGUUCAACAGACACCAUUGCAGCGACUGCUUCGCCCGUAUCUGGAAUGACUGCCAAUGAAAACGGCGAAACAAGCAGCGACGCCACGGGUGCACCAAAGCGGCCACGACGGGACGAUGGAUCUCCUCAUAGCUCGGAUACGUCUUCAACGCCCAGCAAGUCACCCAAAGGUGGAAGGUGCUAUCAAUGUCCCUUCUGCGCGUACGCAUACGACCGCAAAGGCAGCCUGACACGUCACCUUCGCCUGCACGGGUCACCACCUCCGGGCACGGAAAGUCCAGCUGGAUCAGACGACGUUCCUCUCACUACUCCACCUAUAGCACGAUACUGUUCUAACUGUGACAUUCAGUUUAGUUCCUACAAGACGUUCAUGGUGCACAAGCAGUACUACUGUAAUACACGGCAUGUGCAGAAGCAAACUCCACCAGUUAACCAACCUCUUCCACCUCCCGUGGAACAGAAUUCGAGUGGUGUUCUACUGAACCAGCCAUUGUUUGCAGCCAUUUCAACGAACCCCUUGAUCCUCGUUCCCUGCUCUUACAUUCCCGGGAAUGGGUUGGUCCCAAACACUACUGCUGGUGUUAUCCAGCCGACCAGCUUCAUUCAGCCAGGGUCGGUGGACACGACAGGAGCGCUUCUCUGCCCUCCUGUUGUAGCAACUGCAGAAGAGACCAAGCAAGAAGAGCAAAGGAUAGCUACGGAAAAGGAGACCAUGAGUCAGGAUGGCGCCACGUCAUCUGGUAAAGCACCUGGUUCAAAGUCUGCUUCACCAAGUAGUCUAAAACAAGAAAAAAUAGAAGGAUCAGAAACACCAUUAGAUCUUAGUCUCCGACGAUCGGGUGAUGAAGACUCACCAGCUCGUUCACCAAGACCAGCAUCAGCAGCUGGUUCUUCUCAAACCGUGCAAGGCACAGCCAGUGCGCCACUUCUUGCAGGUGGGCCGCCUUCAUCAAUUAUGAUGUCUGCAUUAGAAACAGCAACAGUCCCACUGACUUUGGUUCAUGACCAAGUGGUUGUCAAGCAGGGCACAUCACGGUGCCGUGAAUGCAAUAUCGUGUUCUACAAACAUGAAAACUACGUCGCACACAAACGACACUACUGCGCUUCUCGACAGCAAAAGCUAAAUCGUCUUGCUACAUCGUCUUCGUCAGGCGAUGAAUGUUCAAGGGACGACAUGGUGUCGGUGAAAGUUUCCUCUCCUGUUGCAUCAAAUAUGUCUCCAAAUGCGCCGCGAGUAGCAACUCCAGGUUCUGACACAGCUGCUACUAGACCUUCUCCUGUAGCGUCUGGGUCGCCUCCAGUUCCUCAUCCAAUGUACCAGUUCUACUGCUUGGCAUGCGGAAUAAAGUUCACAUCCCUCAGCAACCUGCAAGCCCACCAGACGUACUACUGCCCCAAAAGAGACAUUCUCAAAGGCCAAGUGGGAGUUGCUGCUGUUACGCGACCGACAGAGUUCACGUGUCCACGGUGUAGGUCGACAUAUCCCACAGAAGAAGCUCUCAAGACUCAUCCGUGCAUAGCACUACGAAAGUGCCCAUACUGUGACGUGUUUUGCCCCACGCAAAGCGCUGCUCAGCGUCACCUCGUGACCCACACUGGUGUCAAGGCGUUUCGGUGUGCUAUUUGUGGUUAUAAAGGUCAUACGCUGAGAGGAAUGCGUACCCACGUCAGGAUUCACCUUGAAAAGAGCACCCAAGCGCAGGAAGAAGCCUAUAUUGUUUGUGUUGGAGAUGACGGCAAUGUAAUAUGCCCCCCCUCAGGCAAUGGAGCUGUCCUCUUGACUUCCUCUGGCAAAAUUCCGUCGCCCGUAGAAACAGAAGAUUCCAAGUCGAACAGAACAACACCUUGCCGUGUUCCACUUUCGCCGACAGAAGACAGCCAACAAACAGUAUCAGCGCGAUCUGCGAGUCCUCCGUUGGCUUCAGCUGUUGUGGAAGAGUCAGUUUCCUCAAGAAGCCCUGAUAUUGCACAGCACACUACAGCAUCUAGCAAUCCAUCGACUGGAGAAGUUCUUCAUUGGUGCAGUUUCUGUGGGUAUUCUUCCUCGUACAAAGGCAACGUCGUCCGGCAUGUAAAGUUGGUUCACCGCGACCUGCUGGUUUCCGCGUCAGCAGGAGCCACGUCAGCUGCUGAAGACAGAGGGAAACGUCCAGCUGAUACGCCACCGUCAGCCGCGGCAACUAAAGUAAAGAUCGAAGCAGUAUCAGAUACUGAAUCAACCGGUGAUCCCAAUGCUAUAGCUGAAGUUGAUAUGCGCCCAGUAUCACCUUCAUCUGAGCAAAACGCUAACCCGCCUCAGGGCAGCAGGACUGCUGAAUCUCCACAGCCGCAGCAAUCUUCGUGUGCUGCGUCUAAGAAACCGGUAUUAGGUCCCAAGUACUGCAAGGCCUGUGACAUCUCAUUCAACUACCUUUCCACCUUCAUUGCUCACAAGAAGUAUUACUGCUCCUCGCAUACUUCCGAAGGGCUUGAAGGCGGUAGUAGUUCAGGAUGUGCUGUAUCUCAGCAACCUGAAUCAAAUUCUGUAACAACACCAGUGCAAUAGUUUUCUGUUACUAUAACUUCAGUUCAAUUAAUGUAUGUGUUCCGCAGUAGUGGUGUGGUCGAUUCACCGAUUGCCGCUUUCUCUCGAGCACGUCCUGAGGCGCGAUAUUAUUUGUGCAAUGACGUCUAGUGUAGGUUUGGAUAGCAGCGGGAAAGGCAAUGUACAUAUCGCAGCACACAUGCAUGCUAUUCCACUGCUGGUGUCCAAGUCCGCAACGCACUGAUGCCUCGUGUUCCAGAUGAAAGACGGUCGAGUUAUUGGAAUGUUAACGAAAGGAGAGUUCUUGUGCACGACUCAUAACCUGUACGAACUGCACAUGGUGCGAGGGUUUUAGUACUAGAGGUUGAUGACAUGGAGUAUGUCCAAAUGUACUCAAAGACUGCAAAUAACUGGGGUACAUGUGAAGACAAGUUAUACAAAGCAUUCGAGUUGUAGGGAAAAUGCGAAGAAAUACCAUCCGCGGUCACCGUACAAUCCAAGAUGAGUAGAAAUUAUUUGAGAAAUCAAUAGGCGACGACUAUGACGGAAAAGUACGACGGCGGGUGUUUUUCGAAGGGUGGUCACGAACGGAAAUUUUCACGGCAAUCCGUCAAAGUUCUGUUCGCUGUACAUGUCACAAGCAGUUCUAUGGAGCUUCCGAAGCGGUGCUUCACAGCGUGCUCUAGAAAAUGAAGUCAAUCCAGCCACUUGCCCAUUUAGCCAGCAUUUAGGAGUGAGGGACUGCGCUGGUGUCAACGGAAGUUGACUUGCACAACAUAUAUGCUCGCAUGUUACAUAAUAUCCUCCACUACAAAACAUAUUCAGCCAAUCCCUCAUUUGCUGUCUCCCACUCAUUUGGCCAAGGCGACAGUGCAGUUUUUAUCCAGUAAUCUACUAUCCCAGUGAGAAAAUUUUAAAGUUUGCGGUUCAGGUCUUGGAUUGCCCGCGUCUGGAUUUAUGAAACUCGAACCUCCUCCUGUGUUCACCUCCAUUUAAGAACACUUGUCCCUCAGCUGGACUGUGGCUGUGCAAUUUCGAAGUUGGCCACUGCGCGAAUGCACCUUACUUCUUGCUGUUACCAAGACACGGAUAUUUUGUGGACGGGCACUGUGCAGUGAAAUUGAUGAAUUUGUGAAGAAAUCUUGGCUACAAUAACUGUGCAAAUACUUGUGCUAAAAUUGCACUCUUUUCUUGUGCACAACAUUGUGGACGGCAAGUUUUGCGCGUAUACAGGGUAAUUUUAACCCGUUGAAUGCUUUGUCAAAUAGUGGCGGAAAUAUUUCUUCGAGAUCAACAAAUUUCUCCUGCAUGCGUACUUCAGUAAGAUUGAGUACCGCUUCACGGCAGCUAACACGGUGUAGUUCCCUGUAAGCUUUUCGUUCCUUCAGUGAUUCCUGUACGACCUAAAAUGCUACGCCUGAUAUCUGUUUUGCAUGUAUCAACUACAGGACUGUUUUGCAGAGACGUAUGUUUGACGGGAGUCUCCAAAUGAUGAUGUUGGUUUUCUUUUUUCACUAUAUCUGUGUUCAACCUAAUAACGUCUCGAAAUGUAAUCUGUCAAACAAGACAGAGUUAUUAUACUUUAGUGCCACUAGGUGUCGCCUAUAGCGCUACUAUGGUUUCGGCGUCGGUGUACUACUUAAUGUAGUGACGUCGUGAUGUAGAGGGAUGCAGCUUGCUAUUGCAGCCAAUAUGAACCAGUGGUGGGCGGGGCUAAAAUUCGCCGUUCUUAGGUUGAGCAUGACUAUAGUCAUAUUAGGCUUAAGUUUUUUACGCUCCUAACGAUACCUUUCCGACACCUAACGGGAACUUUUUGUUAGCUUCAUCACUGUAAAAACAUGUAAUUCCUAACACUUGCCUCGCAUGAUGGAAAGUUUAUGAAGGAACUUUUCUCCUGUGUUUGACAGAGCGUUCAGACUUUCUAAUAUCACCUUGUAUAUUGUAUAUCCCUGUGUGCGUGCAUUUGGAAGAAUAGCAUGAGCAUAGCAAGUGCAUGAAAUCGGCAUUCCACCAGUGAUUGCUAUAUAUAUGUAAAUUGUACGCCUUUCCUGUUAAUGUAGAUCCGCGUCUUUCCGUGCAUUCUACGCGAUCCAAGAUAUUUCCAAACGCAUUUAUUUUUAUUCAAGAAUCCUUAUGAAGGAACUAUCAUGCAUUUUCCUUUAGGCUUUUAUAUUUCCAUUCCAUUAAAGAAGCGUGAAGGAGUUUGUACAAGCUUAUUACCAGUUUCCUUGACCUUGAAACGAAAGUGGCAUUUAAUGUUUUCUGUAAACAAUGUUUUAGAGCGUUGGCUUCCCCCCUUAAAUUAUUCGCGUUACAAAGCCAAGCGUAUAUAGGUAUGUUCUCAGCAUAGCUAGUCAGUGCUGUGAAAUAAUAGUGUCCUUUGCUGUCGGGCGCACCCGAUCCUUUAUAGCAAAGGGAAAAUGUGUCAGUGCAACGACAUACCGUUCUGUACAUAUGUGGGUGUGUUAUCUAAAUGCACAUGGAAGGAACUUGUAUUACCACGCUUAGUGGGUGUGCGAUUGUCUAUUCUCUCUCUACUAUUUGAUGUCUUCCAGAAGCUAGUCUGAAUGAAGAAGUGUAUAAUAUGUGUUGUAGCCAAAGUUAAUUUGCGUUUGCAGUGAAACACGAUAGACUGUGGUGAUAUGUGCUUUCUCAUAAUAAAGCACACGAAAGAAACAUUAUUAAAGUUAAAUUGCACAAGCAA